AUGUCGGCCGACUUUUGGGCUGGCUACAUCAGCGGAGCAGCAGGGAUUUUGAUUGGCAACCCCCUCGACGUAGUCAAGGUCCGACUGCAGGCAGCUCAACCAACUACAGCUGCUUCUUCUGGCCCAAUAUUAUCGCCCGCCUCACCGCUGCCGUCACACACAGCAAACACCCCGCAUCAAUCAGAUGCUGCUGCAUCCAGAUCCUUCUCCAGAAUAAGGGCAUUGGCCGCGGGCACGGCAGCUCCGGUUCUGGGCUACGGCGCGCUCAACGCCCUGCUCUUUGUGUCGUACAACCGGACGGAAGCACUGCUCAACUCGGCCUUUGCGGGAAGCAAUGCCACAUCCACAGCUGCUGCGGGCAGCACCACCGGAUCCAACCUCUGGACGACCUGGAUCGCCGGCGCCGUAGGUGGCCUGGCCACCUGGGUGGUGAGCACGCCGACGGAGCUGGUCAAGUGCCGAGCGCAGCUGGCCCUGUCGUCGUCGUCGUCUCCCUCAUCCCAGCCGGGGGGCGGCGCGACGUCGUCCUGGGCCGUGGCCAAACACGCGUGGCGGACCGAGGGCGGCAUCAAAGCCUUCUACUUUGGCGGAGGGGUGACGGCGCUGCGGGACAGCAUCGGCUACGGCUUCUACUUUUGGACGUACGAGUUCUGCUCGCAGUGGAUUGAGGGCCGCCGGCGGGAACGUGCCGCCGGCGGUGCGGGGUUGGUCGACGACUUCAUGUCCAGCGAGGCCGCGCGCGUGCUGCUCGCCGGUGGCCUGGCGGGCGUCGUCACCUGGGCGAGCGUCUUCCCGCUCGACACCGUCAAGACCCGCGUGCAGGCGCAGCAGAUCACUGCGACCCCGGGGCUGGGGACUGCUGGCGUGGCGGCGGUGCAGGGGGUGGUCGGUACGGAGAGGACUGCGCUUUUGUCGACUGCCGCGGGUGAGGGUCGGGUUGGCCAAGGAGUGUCCCGGGCUGAAGCGCAGAAAGCGCCGCAGCAGCAGCGGAGGCUGGGCGCGGUGGAGAUUGCCACACAGGCAUAUAGAGAAGGCGGCGUCAGUGUCUUCUUCAGGGGUCUGGGCGUCUGCAGCUUGAGAGCUUUCAUAGUCAACGCGGCGCAGUGGGCCGUUUACGAGUGGAUUAUGCGCGAGCUUGGCCAGGGCAGAGACAGGAGAUUAUCUACUAACUCCAUAGACCACGACGCAAUCAUAAGUUCCUAA